UAUGUCCAUCAGAGGUAAUAAAUUUGUUAAAAAUACCAAAUCCUCACAGAAAAUACUCAAAUGAAACAACUCAUAAGAAUUCGAAAUUCUCGACAUGACGGAAGAUGAGUUGCCACUAUCUCCUAACGAGCUGAAGGGACACCUGAUCCAUCCAAGUAAUUGCGUCGUGAUUGGAACCGAAGAAAUCAACCAGAAAAAAUGGGAUACCUACAUUGACAAGAUCAGACCGUUCUUCGUUUCCACCCUAGAGCGCAGAAUUUACGCUUUACUGGAGAAAUUCGUUUAUGGUGAAGAUGCUGAUCGAUACCACGAGCAAUUUCCUUGCCUGAAGAAAUGCAUCGACACGGCGACGACAUUGAGUGGUCCGGCAAACGAGCGCUGCACAAAGUACAUGGGUACGCAGAUCGUGCAAGGCGCUGUUAAGGGGGCAAUCAAGUAUUUGAUUAAGGAAGGUCUCUUCACUGCUUUCAUCAACUCUGUGGUGUUGAACAACAGGAUAAACAGGAUCUGUCGCGAACUGGAUGCUCUUGGUAUUGAGAAGACUUGUCUGGGCUAUUUAAAUGUUUGGAACUUCGUUUGCGAAAAGGAUUACUGGACUGUCAAUCCCUUUGAAUCGCCGAGGGAUGAUCCUCUAAGUGACCUUAUGGUAGAAGUUGGUACUGAAGACCAAGAGUGUCUACCUUGUAAAAAUUUAAAAAGAAGAGCUUAUCAUAAUCCGAACAAUGAAAAUGAGUUCGAAACUGAAACCAGUUCCACCUAUAAAGUUAGACGAUCUAAUUCAAAUAAAGAAAUUACACAAUCAACAGGCUUUUGUUCUCAUAAAAAAUUAGGAAUAGAACAUUUGAGACUGAUUAUUUCUAGGAUUCAGUUUGCUGCCUGUGGCUGUGUUGAUGUAAUAAGACCAAAAAGAAUUAAAAGACUAAGGUUACCUUGUAAAUCCGAAGAUCUGAUAAGAAAUAUCUUCAAAGUCGAUAAAAGCCUUCCUCACUUUUGUUUAGCACCAAUUAGAAAAAAGUUUGAUGAAGCUGUACAUAAUAUCUCCUCUUGUUUGAAUGUUGUCUUAAGCAGAAUAGACAAUAAAUCUAUCAAAAACUUGAUUCUGGUGUGCGAAAUUCGUCCUGCCUACGUCAGCUUCAAGCUAAAGUCUAUGCAGUCACCAUCUACUGAAUCCAAGCCUUGUCUCCUUUCUGCAAGAGUAGCAACUUGUCGAAGUGUUUUCAAAAAUCAGAAUAGUUUUAGAAAGUCGCUGGCCAAGGAGGAUAAAAAGAAAGUCAAAAGAGAUGAAAUAUCAGAUCCAAAUUUGGGAAAAGUAAAUCGUCCAGAACUUCCUGGAGUGUGUCGUGAAAGUCAUCUAUCUGAUGUUCAAGAAGCAGGAGAGGAAAUUGAUGGAAUAGAAUUUGGAAACCUUGCAAAUUCAGAAGUUUGCAGAAAAGAAACAAGUUCGAUGAUAGCUGUACAGAAAAGAAGCUUGAAUGACUUCGAGUUGCCAAAAUCCAAUUGUUCUUGUGAACAAGUAUCAAUCUGUUCUCGGAGCAGCUUCUUCAAAAUUAAAAUGAAGCCUCGAGAUGUUUCGAAGUGUUUUAAAAAACCUGUUCUGAAAUACGAGGAACCAGCUUUAAAGAUGAAAGAAAGAGUGGAAACCGACAGUCAAAAAACAGAAUUAGGUAAUCUAAAAGAAAUUGGAGAACCAGAUUUAAAGAAGACAAUUGUAAACUAUACUAACUUAAAAGAAACUAAACAGUCGAAUACAAAAAUUCCUGAUUCCAAAGAAGCAGAUACUUUAGUUUGUAAUUGCCAGGACCUUCUAAGAAGCAAAAAAUAUAAUUCUAAAAUUGUUCAAGAAUCUCAAGAACAUUCAGAAUCUAGAAAAUCUCACAAACACGAUGAAAAAUCUCAGAUUCCAAUACCUAUUUCUAGCCGUAGAAAACUUCCUCAGAUUUUAACAACUAGAGACUUAAAAGCGGAUUUGGCUUCUAACCAACCAGAUUCGAAUUUAGAAAUAGAUAAGAAACCAAUUUCUAAAGUAUGUGAAACUAACUGUUCAAAAAUACCUGUCAUGUUUAAAGAAAAAACUCAAGUAAUUUCUAGUUGUCGAGAAUCUUCAUCUUCCUUUCUUUGCAAAAACGAACUAGAUUUAAAUUUUAGAGUAGAUAAGAAAAUAAUUCCUAACAAAUCUGGUAUUAGCUGUUCAAAAAUACCUCUCCUGGUUAAAGAAAAAUCUCAAGUUGUUUCUGGUUGUCGAGAAUCCUCAUCUUCUUUUGCCUGCGAAAACCGUUCGAGAUCAAAUAAGAAUCUCGAUUCCUUAACUUCAAUGAAAGGAGUCGUAACAACACGAAGAUGUUCAAAAUUUCCAAGAAGUAAUCUACUAAAGAAAUCUGAUCAUCUAGUUGAGGCAGCAGCUUCUAGCAAAUGGUCUAAACUAACUAUUAUUAAAUCUUUCAACCCGCUAGUUGCAAUUUUUCCAGAAACACCAGAGAAGCUUCCUAAACCAGCAAAGCGGAAUUCAUUCAGACGUCAAAAUCCAACUUCUAGGGGUAGUUUAGAAACUCAGAAAUUUAAUAUUGAAUGUCAGAAAACUCGCAAAUCUAUUUGUUCCAAAACAUCUGUUAAGAAUGAACUCAAAACUAGUCUAAAGAAUUUUUAUCAACGGAUUCCAGAGAAGGAUCCUCAAACCACUUAUAUUAUUGUAACUGACUCCGAAGAAAUAAUUAAUCAGUGUGAUUCAAAAUGCUCCUGUCAUGUUUCAAUAGACAGAAUGCUUAGAAACUUGAAAACUUCUAAAGAUACAAAUCAUCUGAAAUCAAAAAUUAGGGAGAUAGUGCGACCAAUAGAUACCGAGAGAAGUGAUAGAGCUAACUUUCGUACCGUUUCGGUUCAAACUGAAGGGCAGAAGAUGAUCUCGAAGGGCAUUAAUAUUGAUAUAAGGGAAACAAAAAAAACUUUAUCAACGGGAGUUCACGUUGAUCGAAAUAGGAGUUCAACGAAAGGAGGCCAAAUUAAUUUGAUUCAUAAGGAUUCCUUCAUUUCGUUGCAAACUAACGUCACCAAGGUAAUAUCUGUUGUUGAUAUAACCAUUUUUGAAGGGGAUUUUGAAAUGAGAUUGAAGAAACCUUUGAAAACGGCAAAUAAUUUGUGUUGUUUCAAACGAGAGAAGAAUCUUAAACUUCAUUCGAGAUCGUAUUACCCCAUGAACUCUCACCUUCUGUCUGCCGAGAUUUGCAAAGCAAUUCCGAAGAUUAACGUUAGAUCUUAUGAUAGAAGACAUAAGAAGAGAUGUGGUGACUCAUGGUUGACUUCAAACAAGACUAAGGCAAAGAAUAUAAUAAACGCUAUUUGUGAUCCCUUUUUUAAUAUUUCUAUUAAGAGGAUUAAAUACCUAAUUCGAACGAAGCUCUGUAGAAUGUUGUUGGAUCGAGAACCUAAUGGGGGUUCAAAGACUUUUAUUUCUAAUGAAAGGUACUAUGUUAGUGCAUCUAGUGAGAAGGCGUGCUAUUCUACGGGUCAGACAAUUUGUUCUAAAUCUUCUAAAUCAGUAAAUUUGAAUGUUUGCUGUAAGGAAAAGAGAAUACCAGGAGGAAGCGAUAAUCAAUUUUGUGAAUGUCCAAUUAGAAUUGGAAGUGGUUGGGAAUUUGAUGGAGGAGAUGAUUGUUUUUUGAUUAGGAAGAAAGAAAUAAUUUCUAAAGGAAGAAGUAUGAACAUGUCUAAAGGAAAAGAGUUAGGAAUGUCUAAAGAAAAGAAUUUCAGAACUUUUAAAGAAGAUGUAAUGACAUCUGAUGGAAAAGAUGAACGAAGGUAUAACAAAAAUUAUUCUGACUUGGAAGGACGGUGGGGAAACAAAUCCAUUAGAAGAGACGAGGAUAGGAACAAAUCUAAAGAGAAGAACAUUUCUCCUGGUGAUGUGAUAACUUCCUGUCACUUAGGCAGAAGACAUGAGAAGCGAUUGAGAAAAAAAAGUUUGAACACCUGCAUUCAUCAUGAAAGUGACAAAGAAAAUGGGGGAAAAGAUUACAAAAGAAGUUUCCAAGUGAGAUCUCAUUUUGGAAAGGAAAGAGGCCAAUUGUUAUCACAGGAGGUGUCGAAGGUAACUGGCAGGAAUCGAGUUUCUUCUGGAAGGGGAGAAAUGGAUGAGUCGUUCUGUGAUCUUGACCAGAACGUGAGGUCAAAACUGUCGGAGUACGUGAGCCUAUGUAAAAGUGCAAAGUAUUUUCUGAUGAAAAGUUCACAUGAGAUUUAUGGGGUCAGUAGUACGUCCAUUCCGUUUAGCGAUCAAAGUGAACUUCGAAGACAUAGUCAGCAUCGGGGGUGGGCCGGCGAGGAAGCCCUCCGCGGUUGCGAGGAAAUAUCGAUCUGCAGGGAGAGCGGAUGCUGCUUCGCUCAAUGGUUCGGCCUUAUCUCUGCGUGGACCGUUCAUAAAUGCUUUUCCCCUACAAACAACUUGGAUUUCACUGUCGUUAUCGUUGAAUGCACCCAGCGGGGAACAGUAGUUGUUAUUGCAAAAAGGGAGCAUAGAAGCUCCGCCUGGGGUCGAUCCGAAAGGGGUACGCCUGCGGAAGGUUGGCCAGUGAUAUCGAUGCGUCGAAAAAUUAGACCAAUCACAGCCGAUCGGCAGUUGACGCCGGCGCCUCAAGAAUUGCUACCAGCUCUACUGGACGAGAAACAGGACGACAUCGAAACGUUCUCCGUCGCGUCGCCGGCGGCUGAAGCGGAUCGAGUGCACCAAAAAGUUUGCCGAGAUGCUGCUCUGAGUGAAACAACAUGCCGUGACUGGUUCCGUCGCUUCAAAGACGAUGAUUUCAAUGUUGACGACCGUUCGCGUGAAGAAAUGCCAAAAACCUUUAAAGACGCUGAAUUGGAGGCAUUUCUCAAUGAGGAUCCUACCAAUGAACAAUUCUUGUGUUCGAGUUUCAAUAAUAUUUCCUCAAUGACAUCAGCAAACCAAAGCAACCCCAAUAAUUGGAAAAUGUCCGGAUUCGCGACGGCGGGUGUCGCAGCCUUCAAUUCUUUGAAAGGGAAAAUUGCAGAGUAAGCUAAAUCUUCUGUUAGACUUUUGCGCAACAAUGCAAGCUAUCAGGAAUUUGCGAUGUCCGGUGAGAGGAGUAAAGACAAUAAGGGAUUCGAAGAUGAGAGAGGGUACAGUAGACACGCUUCUUUUGAUUCAGUACCGGAACCUGAGAGGCCUCCUUUACGACACAUUGACACUUAUUUUCCACCAGAAUGCCCAUGUUUAUCUAAGAGGUAUACCGUAGCAGUCUUAGCAUGUAUAGGAUUCAUCAUAUCCUUUGGAAUGAGGUUAAACAUGGGCACAGCGAAAAUAAUUUUAAAAAACCAAACGGAAGCUGGGAACCUGAAAUACAACUGGUCCAUCGCAACCGAAAGUGCCAUGGAUUCGUCUUUUUUCUGGGGUUACUUGGUGACUCAAGUACCAGGGGGUUUUUUAGCCUCCCUAUAUCCUGCAAAUAAAGUGUUUGGAUUAGCAAUUUUCACCUCAUCGUUUUUGAAUUUAUUAGUGCCUGGUGCACUAAUGCUUGAUCCAAUUAUGGAGAUGCUGGUACAGGUCGGCAAAGGCUUGGUAGAGGGAGUGACGUACCCAGCAUGUCACGGAAUUUGGAAAUACUGGGCACCACCAUUAGAAAGAUCACGAUUAGCAACUCUUGCUUUUUGUGGUUCCUAUGCUGCAAUGGUUAUAGGAAUGCCACUCUCGAGUGUCCUGAGCUCUGAAUUGGGCUGGUCGGCAUCAUUUUAUGUUUAUGGAUUUGCUGGACUAAUCUGGUACGGCUUUUGGUUAUGGCUUGCCUUCGAAAAACCAAAAUACCAUCCUUGCAUCUCAGGGAAGGAGUUGAAAUACAUCGAAGACUCCCUCGGACAAGGUCAAGGUCAAAUUCAAAUACCAAUGCCCACUUUUUCGACGACACCUUGGAAAAGCAUCGCUUGUUCGAUGCCCGUUUAUGCGAUCAUCGUUGCCAACUUCUGCAGGUCCUGGAAUUUUUAUCUGCUGGUGCUCUUUCAAUCUAGGUUCAUGCACGAGGCAUUUAAAAUGGAUCUGGUUGAGACGGGCUUCUUGGGAUCGUUACCUCAUUUACUGAUGACGAUCAUCGUGCCUCUGGGGGGUCUGCUGGCGGAUCACCUCCGUAAGCGUGGAAUCAUGACAACAACCAACGUUAGGAAGCUCUUCAACUGUGGAGGUUUCGGGAUGGAGGCACUUUUCUUUUUGGUAGUAGCGAGUGCAACUAAGAGUGGAAGUAGCUUCAUUGCAACUUCUGGUUUGACCAUUGGUGUGGCUUGCAGUGGGUUUGCUAUUUCUGGAUUCAACGUAAAUCAUCUUGAUAUAGCCCCCAGAUAUGCUAGUAUCUUGAUGGGGUUGUCAAAUGGGAUUGGUACAAUUGCAGGAUUGUUUGUCCCAAUCUUUGUGGACCACGUCACCCAGAAUAAGGACCCGCAGAGCUGGAGGAAUGUAUUCAUUGUAGCAGCUUGCGUUCAUUUUUGUGGAGUUGUUUUUUACGCUAUUUUCUGUUCCGGGGAGGUACAAUCUUGGGCAGAUCCGAUCUUGGAAGAGCAAAAAGCUUGGAAUCCUCUGGACGAUCUGGGCCAAACUGGCCCACCUGCUCGACCUCCACCGGUGACGAUGCAAUCCGAAUUCAUAAAACAGCCAUCAUUAGGAGGAACCUCUGAAAGUAGGACCUCUCAGGAGCCUGAAGCUCCUCCACACUACAAUGAACUCUUCAGCAAAGAAAAAAUCGAACCCCAUUCGCAAGUGAAUUACGGUUCGACAGAAAGCGGUACUGUAAAUCCAUUCCGCUCGACGAAUCCCUUCGUUUCUGGAGUUAAUACAUCCUACGUCCAACCUUCAGCGACAGAUGACAACUCUUAUGAUGUUUUGAAAGAUGAGUAAUUUUCAUAA